AGGGAGCGGAGAGCGCCUUAAAAACCCGACGCCGGCGCAAAUGCCGGCUGAAAGAAAACCCGCGCGGCUCCGCACACACGCACACGGACAUGGACUCUCCCACAGCCGCCAUGCUGCUCUGCCUCCUGCUUCCAGCUUUGGUCCAGUCGGCGCCGCUGCCGUCACCGUCCGACGCCUCGCCGGCCUUCAGGGAGGCGGCUGAACGAGCCAAGCUGCUGCUGGAGAAAAUCCUCCGAGACGUCGCCACGGUUCACACGGCCACCGUCACCGCCGAGGGUUUGACUCUGGACUCCAGUCAGACCUCCGGCCUUCAUAUGAUGAGCUUGUCGCUGGGCAUCCCCCCCGCCCCCGUCCUCAAGCCGCUGUCCCAGCGCUUCACACUGGACAUGUUGGUGAGUCGCAUGCUGGCAGGCUGCAGGCAGUAUCAGGGGCUUCUGGGAGUUUUGUCGGACAAACUCAGUGGACUGACGGAGCUGAACGCCGACCUCGGAGAACUGCUGACCCACAUCGCCACGAUGAGGGAGGCGGCUGAACUCACCGAAACUGAUGAAACCGCCAGUUCGGACCUUGCGUCUCGUCUCCACGGCGACUACGAGGUGCAGGUAACGGCCCACAUGACGCUGGUGCAGCUCCGCUCCUUCUGCCACGAUCUGAUGCGCAGCCUGAGGACUGUCGCCCCCCAGAGGCCACAAGCUGCAGGGACACGCUAAGCCCCGCCCACAAUGCCACGCUAAGCCCCGCCCAGAGAGGGGCAGGCUCCAGCGCUGCAUUCAAGGACCCACAGGAGAGCCAGUAAAAUGCAGUGCACUU